UGAAUGAUGAAUGAUGAAUGAUGAGACGCUUCUGGGGUGACAUCCAUACAUGACCAUGUCACAAUGUCACGAUGUCACCAUUUCACGAAAGUGAUCAGCAUCAGCAGCACCAUCAACAUUUGUUGUGUUCUCUCAUGGGCUGUCCUCACGCCUGCCACUCAAGGUCACAGACCCAGUUCUUCCUUUCUGCUUUUCCCUUUUUGGUCCUCACAUGUGUUACAUUCCACGCUUGUCUGUGGUGUUCUUGUCCAACACUUUCACGUGUGCCAGCUGUGUUGCGGUUUCCGUGCAUGUGUGUGUGUGUGUUCUGCUCAUUCGUAGCUUGCUUGCUUGCUUGCUGCUUUUCUUCGCAUAUUCGACUGUGCUUCUUCAGUGUUUUCAUUUCGUGCCUUACCCAACCUUGCCCCCCGCUGUUACCUGCUGCCCCAUGAAACGCCCAUGAAACAAACACAAAUCCGCA